AGAAAACUAAAAAGAAAGGGAAAAAGGGUAGAGAAAGAACUUGGAUGCUUGCUGUUGAGGGAAGCAGCAAAAUCCAAGGACAACAAAGGUUUUGGGUAUUAUUCUUUCCACUCUAUAAUUGUGAGUGUUGUUUAAUAGGCAGAGGAAAAGAAUUUGAGAAGAGAGGGAGAGAGAGUAAUAGAACAGAAUUUAUUUGUUUUUAUUUUUUAUUUUUUAUUUUUACUUGAUUGCGUUUUUGUAACCGUUGGAUCACUCUAGUUUUCGAUCUGUACUUUGGUCAUUCGGACAUAGCCAUGAAUGCUAUAGAUCCGAGUGUCUGAUACAACAUUCGUCGCAUUGUAAUUGGCAUUUAAGCUCUGUUUUUAUCUUCGAACUUGGGAUCUUAAGCGAACUCUUCCACAUUCCGCACUCUCUUUGAAGCAAUUUUGACUUGGGAAUUUGUGUUGAGCUUAAUUAUGGGUUGCUCGUUGGGGUGUAGAAGGUUUUCUGUUUUGGCUUGUGUGGAGGAGAGCUUGGGGUGACACUUGUCUGAGAUUGCAUUUGAUAGUGGAGAUGCCGCCUUCCCCGGCAUUGAGAUACUCUCCUGGUAGAGAGCCAAGAGCUGAUGGUCACAAGCGGGGGCGCAGUCUUGAAAGUGGAUUGCUUUUCCGGGAGAAGGACGAUGAUCUUGCUUUGUUCAAUGAAAUGCAAAUCAGAGAGAAAGAUAGCUUUUUGCUUCAGUCGUCGGAUGACUUGGAAGACUCAUUCACUACAAAGUUGAGACAUAUUUCUGAUGUCAACCUUGGAAUCUCCAUUCCUGGUCGAGGGGAAUCCAGUGAGUUGCUUAAUGAUGGUGACAAGAAUGAUUACGACUGGUUAUUAACACCCCCAGACACACCACUAUUUCCUUCGUUAGAUGAUGAGCCACCGCUGAGCAGUUUUGGAAGCAGAGGAAGGCCUCAGAGUAAACCCAUUUCCAUAUCGAGAUCUUCUACGAUGGAUAAAAGUUACCAAAGCCGUAGGGGCAGUGCAAGUCCAAAUCGUUUAAGUCCAUCCCCUCGAUCAGGAACUAACACAUUGCAAUCAAGGGGAAGGCCUUCGUCAUUGCCAAAUUCCAGCCCAACCCCAAGUGUGAGGUAUGCCACUCCAUCCAGAAGACCAUCUCCACCUCCAAGUAAGUCCAUGGCACCUGCUUCUAAGUCAACCUAUACUCCCCGGAGGAUGAGCACUGGCUCCAGUGGUUCUGUAGUCUCAUCUGGAGUUAGGGGAAGUUCCCCAGUCAAGACAAAUCGUGGAAACUCUGCGUCACCGAAGAUAAGGGCAUGGCAAACUAAUAUUCCCGGCUUCUCUUCUGAAGCUCCUCCCAAUCUCCGUACUUCAUUGGCUGAUCGACCAGCAUCCUAUGUGAGGGGUUCAUCUCCGGCAUCCAGAAAUAGUAGGGAGUCUACCUCCAAAUUCAGUAGGCAAUCAAUGUCUCCAACUGCUUCUAGGAGUAGUAGUCAUGAUCGAGACCAAUUUAGCUCACGCAGCAAAGGUUCCAUUGCAUCCUCUGGUGAUGAUGAUCUAGAGUCUCUGCAAUCAAUCACAGUGGGUAGCUUGGACAGAUUGAGUUCAAGAAGGGGUGGGUCAUUUUCAACCAACAGAACUCCUGCCAUUUCCAAGAAACCAGCCAGGAUUGCGUCCCCAAGUUCUGCUCCUAAAAGGUCAUUCGAUUCGGCUAUCCGGCAAAUGGAUAGAAAAAUUCCUCAGAACAUGUUCAGACCACUUUUAUCUAGUGUUCCAAGUACAACCUUUUAUGCUGGAAAAGCAAAUUCUGCACAUCGUUCCCUUGUAUCUAGGAAUUCAUCUGUUACAACAAGCAGCAAUGCGAGCUCUGAUCAAGGUACAACUUUUGCACUGGAUACUGAAGGGAGUGACCAUAAUCAAGAUGAUAUGGCAAACGAAGUUGAUAAGAUAUUAUAUCCUGAUAUACAUGAAGAAAUGUUUGCCUUUGAUAAGAUUGAUGCAUUAAAUGCAAACAUUAAGCAAGAGAUGAAUAGGGAAUCAGUAGAUAUCUUGCAAAGUGAAACCAGAAAUCCCAAGACUGUUUUUGGUCCGAUUGAAUCUGAGGAUUCUAUUUCCCACAUUCGUAUUGACACUAGAGUUAAUGAAAGUUCAGAAAUUUCACAUGCCAAAGGUGACAUUUCUGAAACUGGUAGUUUUGAAAAUACAGCACUCUGUUCUCAUUGUGGUUGUUGUUAUGAGGUCACUAAUCAACCUGAGAAGAAUAUUGGGCUUUGUCCAGAAUGUAAGAUCACAUUGUUGAGAGUCAUCAUCCCUGAGACAACUUUGGCAGUAUCUGAAAACUCUUCAUUGAUUACAACAAACAUGCCAAAAGAAGAAAAAUCAUUACCUGAAACAAAUCAACUAAUGGUUGCAUCUGAAUUGCCUCAAGAGACUAAUAUGGGUAACUUGAGGUUUCCCCAUGGUGAACAAAAUGCUGAGGAAAAUCAAACUUCUUGCCGUGAACUAAACCAGGAUCACUCACAAAACAGUCCUCUUCCAAAUUCAUUGACGGAUGGAGGUAGGCAGACAUCUGGCAACCAGCUUGAGAUGAACCAAUCAGGAGUUGAUUACAAGAAGCCUGAUAUUGAAUUUGGGGAUCAGCAUCACCGCAGUGAUCGCCCUAAUUUGAACAUGGACCCCAUGGAAGGCACUGGCAUUUCUGUAUUGCUGAAAAGGUCUAGCAGCAAUAAAGGACCUGUAGUUCAGGGCAGGACUUUUACUGCCACGACCAUAUCUUACGAUGAUCUGUCUCUUGCAAGAGACAGUGUAAGCAGUUUUAGAAGCUCAACUAGACCUGGUAGUUAUUCUGCCUCAUCAUCAAUUGAUCUCAGCUCAAGUAGGCAAACAGAGUUUCGUGUGCAAAGGCAGUUGAGUGGAAGGAAAUUGGAUGUGGACUGUGGAUAUGACUCAAGGAUCAAGCCUCCAAGCACUGCUUCAUCUUUCUCUGGAGCUUCAAUCCAUUCUCGCCAAGAGUUAGGUCUUGCAACUCGAGAGACUUCUGGCAGUACAGAAUGUGGCUCUGUAGAGGAGGUUCCCCGAGUUUUGCAAGAAAUGCAAGCUUCGGAAAAUACAGUGGCGGACGUAAUUGAUGCUUCUUCAACUGAUUUAGUUGUGGAGGAAGAUAAAUUUGAACAUGAUGAUAGUAGUAGAGUAAAUAAUGCUUGCAACUCAGAACUUUUGAGUCAGGCUGAUGACAAUUUAGUCACUUCAUUUCAAAAUCAUGAGGAUUGUAUUUCACCUGAAAAUGUUGAUGAUAAUCCAAAUAAUGCCAGGGAUGUCUCAGACACAGAAACUUCAGCUAAGGCUCCGGAAUUAUCCAGUCAUGACAAACAAGAUGUGCAGAAUUCCAAUGUUAAUGAACUGGAUGCUUUGGUUACAACUAACUGCUCCACAAUUACUGAAUCAGAAAUAGAAGGGGAAAACAAUUGUGAGAAUAAUAUUGGCAUGGCGAAUGAUGAUCUGUCAAAGAGCAUCCUUGAUGACUUUCGGGAACCUUCCAAUGAUUGUCAUGCUGUUUCUGUUUCAGAGGUCAAUGUCUCCGAGUCCCAUCGCAUUGAGGGAUCAACAGUUACAGUUGAGUGUCAAGGUGCAGGCAACACUAGAAGCCUGACACUUGAAGAGGCAACCGAUACAAUCCUUUUUUGCAGCUCCAUUGUCCAUGAUCUUGCAUAUAAGGCUGCAACAAUAGCAACGGAAAAGGAAUGCUCCAACCCAUUUGAAGGUUCUGAACCAACUGUGACCUUGUUGGGCAAAGCCAAUUCUGAUAGAAAGGAUAGUCGCAACCGACCUACCAGCAAGCGCACGUUGAAAUCCCAGAAGACCAAGACCAAGCAGAGGAGGGUGGAAACUGAUGUCAAAAUCCCUUCUGGCAAGACUGAGAAUGAUGAAAAUAUUGAUGAGUCUUUCACGCACAAUGUUGGGCUUCCUAACAAGGUAGAUAGUAUGAAGCCCCCUAAGCUUGAAUCAAAGUGCAAUUGCAUCAUCAUGUGAGAGAGCAAUGUUCAAGUUGUACCUACAAUUCCUGGCAGCAUUUCUGCACUUCCCUUUGGCCCUACAUGGGAGCCAAGUCAAGUGCUUGCGCAUUUAUGGUUCUAGGUUGAAGUCUGUUUGGGAUAAUAACCACUGCCAAUUGGUUUGUGUUGGUUCUAAUAUAUUUUGUAACAAAUGCCACGUUGUGUUUGACAUGAUUGUAAAGUUAUUUUUUUUUGUUGGUAGGCCAUAAGUUAAGAGGCAUUUUGGAGGACUGUGAUGUGCCCCCUCCACUUGCUGCAUUCUUGUUUGUUAUUUUCCAUCUCAAUUAAGUGAUCCAUCAAAGCAAGUGUGAAGUAGAAAAGCAUUCAUAUUCAUUACAUUGUUGCUAGUUAAUACCUA